UCUAUCUCCCCCUCCUGUCUCAGUCUCUAGCCCUUUCUCUAAUAUUUUUCUGCUCAGUUUCUCGCAGUUUAAAAUGGCGGCGUUGAGCAGCGCCGAGUCUCCACCGCCCGUCUUCAACGGAGACGCCAUGGACCGUGAUCCAGAGCGGGAGAGGGGACUGGACGAGUUGGGUGCCGGUCUUGACCCAGUAUGUUCCGGCGGGAUCACCGAGAGUCAGCAGGACAUUCCUGAGGAGAUUUGGAACAUCAAGCAGAUGAUUAAACUGACGCAAGAGCACCUGGAGGCACUUUUGGACAAGUUUGGUGGCGAACACAAUCCACCGUCAAUAUAUCUGGAGGCCUAUGAGGAGUACACCAGUAAGCUGGAUGCUCUCCAGCAGCGGGAGCAGCAGCUGCUGGAGGCCAUGGGGAACAGCAGCCAUUUCUCCUGCUCCUCCCCCACCCCAGACCUGCUGGACGUGAACAUGGGGGGGCCACAGGGGGCCCCCCAGGCCCCCUCCACCCUGGCUGUCCUGCAGACUCCGGUGGACACCUCCCGCGCCAACCCCAAAUCCCCCCAGAAGCCCAUUGUGCGAGUCUUCCUGCCCAACAAGCAGAGGACAGUGGUCCCGGCUCGCUGUGGGAUGACCGUGCGCGACUCUCUGAAGAAGGCCCUGAUGAUGAGGGGGCUCAUCCCGGAGUGCUGUGCCGUCUACCGAAUACAGGACGGGGAGAAGAAGCCGAUUGGCUGGGACACGGAUAUCUCUUGGCUGACGGGGGAGGAGCUUCACGUCGAGGUUUUGGAAAAUGUGCCGCUGACAACACAUAAUUUUGUGCGGAAGACGUUCUUCACCUUGGCCUUCUGCGACUUCUGCCGCAAGCUGCUGUUCCAGGGCUUCCGCUGCCAGACGUGCGGCUACAAGUUCCACCAGCGCUGCAGCACCGAGGUCCCGCUCAUGUGCGUCAACUACGACCAGCUGGACCUGCUGCUGGUGUCCAAGUUUUUCGAGCACCACCCCAUCAGCCCGGAGGAGACGUCGUCGGAGGGCACCACCCCCGUGUCGGAGGCCUGCCCGUCCCUGCCCCCCUCGGACUCCCCCGGGUCUAUGUGCCAUCCCGCCUCCUCCCCCUCCAAAUCCAUCCCCAUCCCGCAGGGCUUCCGGCCGGGGGACGAGGACCACCGCAACCAGUUCGGCCAGCGGGACCGCUCGUCCUCCGCCCCCAACGUGCACAUCAACACCAUCGAGCCCGUCAACAUCGACGACCUGCUUGGAGGCCCGUGUCUGCAGAGGUCAGAAGGAGCCCCCCCGACCCAACCAGCUCGCUGUUUGAGGAAGCCCCGAACGAGGACCACGAGUCCCCUCCUAUACUCCUACCCCAAUGACAUUGUGUUUGAUUUUGAGCCUGGUCCUGUCUUUCGAGGUUCCACCACGGGGCUCUCGGCCACGCCCCCGGCCUCGCUCCCCGGCUCGCUGAUCAGCGUGAGGGCGCCCCAGAAGUCCCCCAGUCAGCCCCGCGAGCGCAAGUCGUCCUCCUCGUCCGAGGACCGCAAUAAAAUGAAAACGCUGGGCCGGCGGGACUCGAGCGAUGACUGGGAGAUCUCUGAGGGCCAGAUCACCCUGGGCCAGAGGAUAGGCUCCGGCUCCUUUGGGACGGUCUACAAGGGGAAGUGGCACGGGGACGUGGCUGUGAAGAUGCUCAACGUCACAGCACCCACUCCUCAGCAGCUGCAGGCCUUCAAGAACGAAGUGGGGGUGCUCAGGAAGACGCGCCACGUGAACAUCCUGCUCUUCAUGGGCUACACCACCAAGCCGCAGCUGGCCAUCGUCACGCAGUGGUGCGAGGGCUCCAGCCUCUACCACCACCUGCACAUCAUCGAGACCAAGUUCGAGAUGAUCAAGCUCAUCGACAUCGCCCGGCAGACCGCGCAGGGCAUGGACUAUUUGCACGCAAAGUCCAUCAUUCACAGGGAUCUCAAAAGCAACAACAUCUUCCUGCACGAGGACCUGACGGUGAAGAUCGGGGACUUCGGCCUGGCCACGGUGAAGUCGCGCUGGAGCGGCUCGCACCAGUUCGAGCAGCUGUCCGGCUCCAUUCUCUGGAUGGCUCCGGAGGUGAUCCGGCUGCAGGACAAGAACCCGUACAGCUUCCAGUCCGACGUGUACGCCUUCGGCAUCGUGCUGUACGAGCUGAUGAGCGGGGCGCUGCCCUACUCCAACAUCAACAACCGAGACCAGAUCAUUUUCAUGGUGGGGCGGGGCUACCUGUCGCCGGACCUGAGCAAGGUGCGCAGCAACUGCCCCAAGGCCAUGAAGAGGCUAAUGGCCGACUGCCUGAAGAAGAAGAGGGAGGAGCGGCCUCUCUUCCCCCAGAUCCUGGCCUCUGUGGAGCUGCUGGCUCGCUCCUUACCCAAGAUCCACCGCAGCGCCUCGGAGCCGUCCCUGAACCGGGCGGGGUUCCAGACCGAGGACUUCAGCCUGUACGCCUGCGCCUCCCCCAAAACACCCAUCCAGGCGGGGGGGUACGGGGAGUUCUCGGCAUUUAAGUAGCAAAAACCGAUUGUACCAGUUACCAUCCCUUGUCACUUUUUGAAAAAGAAAAAAAAACGUCUUGUGUUCCUACAGUGGGUUCAUCCAUUACAGAAAAAAUGCUUUCCAAAAGAAACGUGCUGUUUUCCUCCUCUCAAUCCUAAGAGCGCCGGCUCUGUGCUGGAACGGCAGAAUAACAAUCUCUUGAGGAGAGACGCCACGAUCACAAUCACAAACGGGCACUCAGAGCAAAAAUAAACUUGAGUGAAAAACAACAGCCAAGUGAAAUCAAAAGAAAUCCGUUGGGAGACCCCGUAGGAGGCUGUGAAUUGAGCCCCUCCGCAGCGCUGGAGAGGGGGAGAGGAAGACAGGAUGAGGAAGAAGAAGAGGAGGAGGAGGGAGGGGCUCAGCCGAAGAGACGCCUCAUCCCCUCCCGACACCAGGGGGCGCCGUGCGAAGCCAGCCCGAGUGCUGGAUGCCACUUUGACCAAUGGAACUGGAGGGCUGAGAAAGGAGCACCCAGCCCCGGUUGCUCAUUGGCUGGCACCGCUCAGUGAGCUGGUGUCGGAGCCAAUCCCUGAGGAGCAAAGCGAUGGGCGCAAAGGUCAGGUCAAACCUUUUGGAAGAUGACUUGAAUGAUACUUUUUUUUUUUUUUUGGGUAUGAGGUGGGGUAAACUUUUUUUUUUUUUUAAAUGAGGAGAGAUCGCUCGUUAUCGACUUUAUUUCUUUAUCACGCGUUGACACGAAGAUUCCAAAUUGCAUUCCACCGCGUGCGGAUUGGCUGCACCUCGGUACGGGUCAGAGGUCAUUCCUCCAGGAGUAUCUCCACCAUACCCGCGUUUCAUUGGACUGCUUGCCUCACGAAGCUAUUACCCCGAUUGUGUGUGUGUACAGACCCAUUUUAUUUAUUUAUUUUUAACAGGAAGUUGAAACAUCCCCAAGAAUUCUCCGUCCAUUCUGUCCCAGAAAGACCUCUCCCUCCACACGGAGGAGGUGAGGGAAAGACUUUGGGGGGGGGGAGGAGGAGUGCCCCCACGCUUUUGUCCGCUGCGGUCUGCCUGGAAACAAAGAUCUGUGAUCUACUGCUCAUUCCAAACCACCCCCUCCUCCCCCCCCCCCCAACACCCUAAUGUUUCUCAAAGCAGACGAUACUUCAGCUGAUGUAACCGCUAAUGGGAAGGAGGCGGGUGGAGGAGACGGGUCUGCUGGGCGGGGUCUUCCUGGCGGGGCCCGUCCCGAGCCGCGAGCGUUUGAGGCUGCGGGCCGUCGGCCCCGUGAAGCGGAGCGUUUCGGCCACGGUUACCGUGGUGACCCUGGAGUGUUCCGCGCCGGAGCGACGCCGCUCGGAACUGCCGGGUUAAAUUUGUAAGCUACUGUGAGGUGUGUGCUUGGGUCAUUCAUUGUGCCAUAAAGUGCCCGGGUCCUUAAUUUAAAGCACAUUUAAAGUUUCUCUCACUGUGCGUUCGCCUACAACUGCUGUCACUCGUCACACAGUGUUUCAUUCUGAUAUCACUGUCGUUUUUUUUUUCCUUGCGAUAUUUAAAAAAACGCUUUUUGUGUGUCUGGACUGAAAAGAAAAAUGCUUCCUUAUCUCUGGGUGAAGGAAGAGAAUGUCAUACUUUUUGGUUUUUGCCUUGUGGUUCUGAAUUCACGAAAAGUUCUUGUGUGAAAUUGGAAAAACUAGGUGACCACAGUCUACUUGUUAGAAAUUCUCUUUUGUACCGAGCCAAGUCAGGAAAGAAGGUUUCAGGGGAUCUCUGUAAACAAACCCCUCUAUUUGACUUGAGCAUCUCUUACUUCUUAUUCCUCUGCUUUAUUUUAACGGACGUAGGUAUUAUAUUUUUUAAAGGUUUUUUUCUUUUCUCUUUUUUCCAUGGACAGGCAGGCCUGCAGGUUUAGUUUAUUUAUGUAUGCUUAAUUUUAUUGAUUUUGUUUGAGAAAUCUUUAUUUUGUAGUUUUUUUGUAACUGCUGGUGUAGUCAUUCAGGCACGUGGACUUGCACUUUCUUGGCAUGGGUCCAAGCGUAAGAGGUACUCGCCAUCUUUAAAAACAAAAAAAACAAAAAAGAAAAAACAAAACGGUUGCGUUUAAUUUGUGUUAGCAGGUGAGCUUAUAGUCCAGACUGUGGUAAACUUGUCUGGUGUGGUUGACAUGAACAGAAGCUCGCUCAAGAGGGUUCAGUUCAUCAUGUAACUCCUCCAUAGUAAACCUGGGACAGCGUGUAGGGCGUUGAAUGUGUAGAUAUGUCAGUAAUAUGAGGGCAUAUCAGAUUAGAUAUAUCAGCUGUCUUUGGGGCGCAUUCUGACCCCUCUGAAUGCCCUCAACCCGAAGGAGUAUUUUACCUAAAAUACGUGUAUAUAAGUGCAUAAAAUAUGCGUUAUGACUCAUACCUGUACUAUUGGUCACCAUUUCCUGUUUUAUGUACCUAAUAUUGUCUAGAAUACACUGGAGAAACUUCCGGACGUAUCGGUUACCUUCAGCUUUCUCCCGCACGUGAAGCUCUGCUCGCUAAGAGCAGCAGGUCCCGCCUCAGGCCCCUGAGCCACUCCACUGCUGUCCUGUACCCCCCCCUUUUAUUAUCACAAAAAUAAUUCUCCAUUUGUUUUGCUAAGCUUUCUGUCCGGCCUCCGUACGGUUUUCCCCCUGUAGCCAGUAGGGGGCAGUGUUGGCCCUCUAGACGUGCCGAGAUGCUUUUCGAAGAGGAACUUGGAGUUUUGUUACCUCCACAGUGGCUAAGACUGCCUACCAGGCCUCAUGUCCUGAGGCUGGAGCAGACGUUUUGAUUGACAACAAAAACUCUGUUAAAGCUGCAUAAACCUUUAUUUUUCCAUGAGCCAAUAAACUAGUAUUCCCCCCCCCCCCCCUUUGUUCAAGAAGACGUGUUACGUGGCGUUGAACUAUAGCUUUCAGAGGGCAGUAGAUCAUAUCGUUGUUAUUAAUUUAGAUUUCGGUAUUGGCACUUGAGGCUUGUGAGGUGCAUGCUGGGAUUGAUUCCGCUCCUGUGACCUUGUGUGACCUUGACGCGGCGCAGUGCGUACUGGUCUCUCGGUGGUCCUCCCUGGACACGUGGAGAGACGAACGUUUUUAAAAGCCCGAGGACCCUGGCUGUCUGAGUGGUGAAACCAGGCCUAAUGUAUGGCUCUGGCCCCUGAGUGUGGUCUGGCCUAUAAUGAGUGCAUUACCCCAGUGUCCCUCAGCUGGGCCGGGGGGAGGGACAAAGGAUGAAUCGACAGAAACGGAGGAGGGCAGUUGGAGGGCAGGACAUUGAUUCAGUGUCUGCAGACGUGUAAUGACACGUGUUCUGUUCUGUACUGUGCUGUGUUCUGUUUCUGUACUGGGGGGUAUGGUGGGAAGGGGGGGGGGUAGCUGGCUGGUGGAAGUCUCUUGGGUACAAUUAAUUAAAAUUUUUCAUUUAUUAUUUCCCUCCCUCAGUAUCAGCAUUGGACUCUAUCUGCUCCGUCCAAGAUUUUUCUGCCCGUUCUGCUUGUUGGAACGCAUUCGUGUCCGCCCACCAAUGUUGUCUUCAUAUGAAGAGUUUUAUCACUUUUGAGAGGACAUCCUAUAAUUAAAAUUUUCUUUUUUGAUUAUUUGAAUUUACUUUUCACAUUUUUAACAUUGUGUGAUUUAAAGAAAAUACUAGAUUGCAUGAGCACAGUGUAUAAGAAAAUUAUUCUUCGGUGGACAGUUGUGAGCCCUUGGUGUGUAAUUUGGGGUCUUUAUCAGAAAUUGUUUGACAUUGUAAUGGGCAAACAACAAGGCAUGCAUAAAGAGCAACAUGGCGUAUUUAAAUUUGAAAGGGUAUGUUUAUAAGUUUUAAAAUGUGCAGGGAGGUUCUAAGUCUUAAGGAGAACAUAGAAAUGUGUUUUCACAUACAUUUGCAGUACAGCCACUGGCAGGGAACUACAGUACCUUUUGAUCCAAACGGAUUACAUAAUUGCUUGGUGCUGUGUCUACGCGCCCAACCUCCUUUUUAAAAUGAACAUACAAAAGACAACUGUCAUUAUUUUCCAUUUUAAAUAAUGUCAUGCCAUUGACGGCUUUGUCCCAAAAGUACAUUAUUCAGUCAUUUUGGGAGAUGGUACAAUGGUUGGAAUUUAUUCCAAAAAAAUUCAAAAUCCCUUUUCAAAUUAAAUCUUUGAGAAAUGUUCUGCUCAGCCACUCUUCAGCAGUGCACGCUGGCCAAUAUAAAUUAAAAUUAAUUGCAACAGAAUUGGAAGAAUGGGAGCCAAAGGCAGCCAAAAUACCAAAAACUUUUAAUUGAACUGGAAGAUUAAUAAUUAAUAAAAUUUAGUCCGUGUCCCUGAUGCCAACAUGUACGAUCCACGCAGGGAAAUUGCUUGUUUUGGCCGAGCACGUUAUACUCAGCUCGUUUGGGGACGCCUUCCUUCCCCCCAGUACAGCAGCUUAAAGAGGUUACUUUGAGGUUUUUGAUGAAAGUUUUAGUGCUCAGUUUUUUUUGAAUAAAAUUCAUUCUUUGCACCGGAGGUCCUCGGAGACCAAUCCCAGGCUCUUCAUCUGCGUCUGAAAUCUGCGGUGCUGUAAAAUGGAGGCCGCGUUAUGCGUCUGCCUCCUGCCGCCUGUCAGCGUGGAGCCACUUCCCGCCACUUCCUGCCGUUGUUGUUCCGUUUCCUUUCCGUUCGAACGCCCGAGUUUCACCUGAUAAAUCUUUAAACAAAUGAGCUUAUGAAUGUGUAAUGGGAAUCGGGGAAAAUAACCAAGGAAACCAAUCUGCCCGUUAAAUGUAAUAGUUUUUUUAUUGGCGGGGAUGGGGUGAUUGAGGUGGAAAUGCUUAUCCUUGAACAACCUAAUGAGCAGGCGAGUGGAUCGCUUAAAUGGGGGAAUUGUGAGGCUUUAUGAAUCCUAAAAUGGGUGGGGUUAAGCCUGUGCUGGCUGUCACUUGUUUGACUCGACCAAUUAUAAGGUGAUUGGUCCGUCCAUUUUGGGUGACAAUGAACCUUCACUUUCCAACCACUGCUUGGAUGUACCCCGUCCCCCAGAUCUUUUAACGGUCGAACACUGUUGUCAUUAUUUCUCUUCACCCUUUCUAAAAGCACUCCAACGUAGUAAUUAUUCAGAUGCCAAUCGCCUGGCCGUGCCAGUCAACAAUUACUUAAAAAACACUCUUCUGUUAGUAAUGUAGUCGUGAUUGAAACUGAGUGCGAUCGCACAGUACUUCAGUCCUUCAGCGUCUGCCGCGGCCGAUACGGCUUUAUGAAUAAAAGGAUCCAUUAGGAGGCUGUGAAUGAAGGGCUGGGGAUUAGCGCAUUGCUAUUAGCGGCAGCCCCGAGGCCUGGCCCGAUCGCGUGCGGAGAUUAGGCGUGGAGCCUCGCUAACUGCCGUAACUGCCGCCUCCGUUCAGCCGACACGUUUUCACUCUUCACCGUCGCCCUCUGUUUGAACGCGGUCCCGGUUCUCCAACCGACGAUUUAUGGAGUCGUUCGACUCUGAGCGCUCUCCCGCCGCCGGUCGCGAGCGUAAACGUUUGGUUUCGGAUGCGAGCGCAGGCUGGAAAUGGCCGUUUGUUAUUGCCAUCUGGCGCUGCGAUUCCGCUUCGCCCUGCCUCUCCCCAAAACAUUUCACUUUACUGCUGGUAACGGUUCAGAAAAAAAAAAGGCCUGAGAUAUUGCAGAUGGGGAAUUAAGCUGGUGUUUAAUAAUAAUACUGCUGUAUUUAUAUAAAUAGGUUUAUUUUUUGAUGAGAAGAAUGUUGUUACAGAGGUUUAUCUUCGAAAGCAUGAUCCAUUGAAAAUGAUGGACUAACUUGACCUCACUUUCGCCUUGUAUGGUUUGCCCUUUAUUUUUAAUGUAUUUUCUUUUUAUUUUUUUCUGGACGCUCUCCUUUGACUGUUUUAACCCUCCUGACUUUUCAUUCCGUUCCAUUUGCGUUCUUCUCCCCGUUCGUCUCCACCUGCAUUCCAAACUCUGUAAAUUCCUCUCCGUCCUACGCCGUCUUUCGUUCACCCAUGUUUUGGGGGAGAGUCCGUUCACUUGUAAAUUUUGUACAUUGGGAAAUAUUGUCCGUUUGCUAGAAGGCAUGGAGAUUAAAAUGAUGUAAGAAAAAAAAAAAAGCGAAAAAGUCAAGUUUAAAAAAUGUUUUGAUAGAGGAAAUUCUGAGAAACUAUUUCUGUGUAUAAAUAAAAAAUGAAACUAUUUAAGACUGUAUUAUAUGAAAGGAGAAAGGGGUAAAUAUAUUUGUUGUGAAUAUGAGAAACUGCUAUAUUAAAGAUAUGCAUGAUACAUUGUCAA